GCCGAAUCUGCGGCUCCGGACGCGAAGGUUCUAACGGGGAGGCGGGAACCGCCCGGCGUCGCCGCCUCCCUCAGCCGCCGCGCCCCGUCACCUGCCCGCCCGGGACCCAGGAAAUCAACUCAAGAAGAUGAAGCCUAAUAAAGGAAAAACCUGCACUAGGGAGCGAGACUAUGUUUACAAAUUCAAUGCUGGAAAUCAACAUUUAGUGCUUACAGUGCCUCUCAAAUUCCCUGUGCAAGAGAAUAUUAGUCAUUUGCAUGGACGUCUAAUGCUUCUGCACAAUCUGCCAUGCUUUAUAGAAAAUGACCUGAAGCAAUCUCUUAAUAAGUUCAUAGAAGAGGAAACUAUAAAAGAUUAUGAUAGAGAAGCUGAAAUGGCUCUGGAAGCAGUGAAAUCAGGAAAAGUAGACAUAAACCAGCUGGCAGAUACUUGGGCUAAAGCUUAUAAAGAGACAACAUUAGAAUAUGCAAAACCUGAAGAAACCAGCUGGGAUGAAGAUUUUGCAGAUGUUUAUCAUGAUCUGAUACAUUCUCCAGCUUCUGAAAUGCUGUUAAACCUGGAACACAAUUAUUUUGUUAGUAUCUCAGAAUUAAUAAGUGAAAGAGAUGUGGAACUGAAGAAACUACGGGAAAGACAAGGAGCUGAAAUGGAUAAGGUGAUGCAGGAGCUAGGGAAAUCGCUAACGGACCAGGAUGUAAAUUCAUUAGCAGCUCAGCAUUUUGAAUCUCAGCAGGAUUUGGAGAACAAAUGGACCAAUGAAUUAAAACAGUCUACUGCUAUCCAGAAGCAGGAAUAUCAGGAAUGGGUGAUAAAGCUUCAUCAGGACCUAAAGAAUCCCAACAACAGCUCAAUCAGUGAUGAAAUUAAGGUUCAGCCCAGCCAACUGAGAGAAUCUGUAGAAGGAAAUGGAAGAAUUUAUGAAGAGCAAAGGCUGUUGGAAGAAAGUUUUACUAUUCACUUGGGAGCUCAGCUGAAGACCAUGCAUAACUUGAGAUUACUGAGAGCUGAUAUGCUGGAUUUCUGUAAACAUAAGCGCAAUCAUCGAAGUGGAGUAAAACUUCACAGGCUUCAAACUGCAAUGUCUCUCUAUUCAACUUCUCUCUGUGGCCUGGUUUUGUUGGUAGAUAACCGUAUCAGUUCGUAUAGUGGCAUCAAGAGAGAUUUUGCAACUGUUUGCCAAGAAUGCACAGAUUUCCAUUUUCCUGGAAUUCAAGAACAGCUUGAAAUUGUCCAGAAGGUUGUACUUAAGGCCAGAGCACAGCGUAGCAGUAAGUCGAAAAGACAUCACGAAAACAAAAGUAGUGGAAAUGAAGAUAAAUUAAAGAAUAUUGAACGAAACCAGUCAAAUAUUUUGCCGGGAGAAUUCUACAUCACACGCCAUUCAAAUCUUUCUGAAAUUCAUGUUGCUUUUCACCUCUGUGUGGAUGAUAAUGUAAGAUCUGGUAAUGUAACUGCUCGGGAUCCUGCAAUCAUGGGACUCAGAAACAUUCUCAAAGUUUGUUGCACGCACGACAUUACUACCAUUAGUAUUCCUCUGCUGUUGGUGCACGAUAUGUCAGAAGAAAUGACCAUUCCAUGGUGCUUGAAGAGGGCAGAGCUUGUGUUCAAGUGUGUCAAAGGUUUCAUGAUGGAAAUGGCUUCAUGGGAUGGAGGAAUUUCACGGACUGUACAAUUCUUGGUACCACAGACAAUUUCUGAGGAAAUGUUUUACCAACUGAGCAAUAUGCUUCCACAAAUCUUCAGAGUAUCUUCUACAUUGACUCUGACCUCCAAGCACUGAAUUUUGUGCAGCAGUAAGAUGUAUACUGUUGACAAAGGAUGAGAUUACAGAGAUUGUGGACCGGAAUGUCUCUUUUCUGAGGGAUGAUGACCAUGAAGUGGUAUUUGUUGCAAUUUCAAGAAUCAUGUUGUCAUAAUAAAAGACAAAUGCUGUCUGUA